CAACACUGGUUUAAUGGACGAAAAGAUAUGCUAUGCUGCCAAGAACACCAAAAACUGCAUGAAGUGGUAUUUAAUUUGUGCGUCAAAUAGUUUUUGGGGUUAAUUACUUCAUACCAAAAUUGAUUUUAACUAAUUACAUCCAACAUUUAAAGUGUAAAUUUAUUAAAAAUGACUGUCGACGGCGAGGAAAAAGCUGAGCGAGAGCGUGUUUUUAUGGACAUUUCUAUCGGUGGCUUGCCCUCUGGAAGAAUUGUGUUUGAAUUGUUUACUGAUGUUGCUCCAAAGACUGCGGAAAACUUCCGUGCUUUAUGCGCUGGUGACAUGGGAGUUGGUAAAGUUACUGGAAAACCGUUAACAUAUAAGGGUAUGGUGUUUCAUCGAGUAGUAAAAGACUUCAUGAUACAAGGUGGGGAUUUCACUAAUGCUAAUGGGACUGGCGGAGAGUCCAUAUAUGGAGGGACAUUUGAAGAUGAGACAUUUGAACUGAAACAUGACCGGCCAUACUUAUUGUCUAUGGCCAACAGAGGAAAGGACACAAAUGGAUCUCAAUUCUUUAUGUGAGUUCAGGGAGAAUGAGAGCUUUAGUAGGCCUUAUAUAGUAUUUAAUUUCAGUAAUGUGUAAAGGAAUCUAUCUAAGUUUACUUAAUGUUGGAAUUAUUUGAACAAUAUUGUAAAAUUAGCUAUUGUUUCUAUUCUGAAUUUAUGCUUUAUUUUGCAUACUGUAAUAACUAUAAAUAGCAAAAUCUGUUAACUAAAAAUCUUAUAUCUAUCAAAUAAAAUAAUUUGCUUGCAACAUAAGAUUUUUCAAAGUAUAAGGAGGACAAACAGAGACGACACCUGAGCAGAAUGCCUGUAAAAAAAAAUAUAUUUAAAUUUGGAUUGAAAUGUAUGAUAUUCUUUCAGAUUAAUUUGGGGUACAAUGAUAAUAUCUACAAAAUGAUUGGAUUAGACAAUUAUUCACUUUAAAGUCCCUAUUGUUUGCCAAAUCGCUAGUUAAAAUCUAUGUUAUUGAACAAUAACAAUCCUGCUAUCCCAAAUAGGGUUUUGGGCUUGAAUAUAAUAUACAUAUUGAUAAUUUGUAACAAUGGGAACACUUCCUGGCACACCACAUUACUUGAAGUACACUAAUAUACUCACAGUACACAACACUACUCAAAGUACACCACUACUCAAAUAACACUACACUACUCAUAGUACAUGACAUAACUGACAUUGAACUAUAUCACUCAUAGUCAAAGAAAUGUAUAGACUAGACAUGUGAACAUUUUUUUCAUGGUAACUGCUUUGAAAGGUACGAAGUUGUCAAGUUUAGUACACCACCACAUGUUCUUGUAUUGACAUGUUAUAAAACAUUUUACAUCAUUAUAAGCUCUA